UCCUCUUUUCACUCUUUGCAGUCAAAAAGCUAUUCUGGGAUCACACACGCACGCACGCACGCACACACAGAGAGAACCAUUACUGUGUGGUUGACUAUGUUUUAUUUGGAAUAAGAAACUGUACUUGAACUGGGAUUUGUCUGAUUCCAUUGUCUCUGCUGAUUCCUAAUCUCUUCCCAGUGAGAAUUUGCCAACCUUCAGCAAAUAAUAUUGCAUGGGUUGGUUUACCAAGCUGCUUAAGGGGUCCAAUCGUAAAUAUUCAGGAGGACAAAGUAAUGGGAAAUAUGGAGAUGAUAGAAUUUCGAGUGAUCAUGAUUAUUCAGUGGAUGAUUUGACGGAUGUUGAGAAAGAAGAAAUUGAUUGUGCUAUAGCGCUCUCUCUUUCGGAAGAAGAUCAGAAAGGGAAAAAAGUUAUUGAGGAUGACUCUGAAGAUGAUGGACAACCUCAAUCUGAAGAUGAUGAACAACUGUGUCAAAUUGAUGAGAAGGAAGAUGAAUGUCUUGGUGAAGUUCAACAAGAGGAAGAUGACUAUCCUGCAAAAGUUCAACAGGAUGAAGAUAAACAUCUUGAUGAAGUUCAACUUGAGGAAGAUGAACAACUUGCCAGAGCAAUUCAAGAAAGUUGGAGCAUUGGUUCUCAUCCUCGAUCUGACACUGGUUCUUUAUUUCAACCUUUUUCACACCUCUUUCCACCUGUAUACAGAAUCUGUGCUGGGUGCAAUGCCGAGAUUGGCCAUGGAAGAUUUUUGAGUUGCGCGGGAGCUGUCUGGCAUCCAGAAUGUUUCUGUUGUCAUGCUUGUAAACUGCCAAUCACUGAUUAUGAGUUCUCCAUGUCUGGAAAUCACCGUUACCAUAAAUCUUGCUAUAAAGCGCUGCAUCACCCCAGAUGUGAUGUUUGCAAGAACUUUAUCCCAUAUAAUUCAGCUGGUCUCAUUGAGUAUAGAGCACAUCCUUUCUGGCGACAAAAAUACUGUCCAUCACAUGAGCAAGAUGGAACUCCUCGUUGUUGUAGCUGUCAAAGAAUGGAGUCAAGGGACACAAAAUAUCUAUUGCUUGAUGAUGGACGAAAACUGUGUCUUGAGUGUCUUGACUCAGCUAUUAUGGAUACUCAUGAAUGCCAACCUCUCUAUCUUGAAAUACAAGAAUUUUAUGAAGGUUUAAAUAUGAAAAUAAAGCAGCAAAUUCCUAUGCUUUUGGUUGAGAGACAAGCACUGAAUGAGGCCAUGGAGGGGGAAAAGAAUGGUCAUCAUAUCGUAUCUGAAACUAGAGGACUUUGCUUAUCAGAAGAGCAAACUGUCCCCAUGAUUUUAAGGAGACCAAGUAUUGGGGCAGGCUACCGGGUCAUAGAUAUGAUAACUGAGCCUUAUAGGCUGAUUCGUCGUUGUGAAGUGACAGCCAUACUUGUUUUGUAUGGCCUUCCUAGGUUAUUGACAGGAACGAUCCUAGCUCACGAAAUGAUGCAUGCUUGGCUUAGGCUUAACGGCUUUGGCACUAAUCUGAGGCCAGAAGUUGAAGAAGGAAUUUGCCAAGUCUUGGCUCAUAUGUGGUUAGAUUCAGAGAUAUAUUCUGGCUCUGGGAGUGAUGGUGCAUCAUCAUCAUCUUCAUCAUCCUCGUCAUCACCUUCCUCCACUACAUCAUCAAAGAAGGGUAAACGUUCUGACUUUGAGAAGGAAGUUGGUAAUUUUUUUAAACACCAGAUUGAGACAGAUAGCUCAUCAACAUAUGGAGAGGGAUUCAGACAGGGCAACAAGGCAGUGCUCAAGUAUGGACUUGGAAGGACCCUUGACCAUAUCCGAAUGACUGGAAGUUUUCCAUAUUGAAAUCUUACCUUUACAUCAACCAAUAUUUCAGCUUUUUCAUAUAAAAUAUAUAAGACGAAAAGAUUCCAAAAUCAUAUAAUUUCACACUAUUCUGAAGGAUAUAAGAAAUGAAAAAUGCUUAUGUUACUGUUAGUUUGCAGUUACUGCAAUCUUUUUGUUUUUAUUUCUUUUUCUUUGGGGGAAAUGUGCAGUUGCUGUAAUCUCCAGUUCAAUAUUGACACCUCAUAUGUAUCAAACAAUACCUUCCAGCAGUUGAAAAUACAAAA